AUCAAACUGAUCAUCUUUCGACUCUCCUACUUUUUAUGCAUAUUGUUUUGAUAUUUUCCUACUCAUUUUCACCUUUAUAAUAAGUGUACUUAAGUGAGAUCACUGAUCAGAUAUCUAUUAUAUACUAAGCAUUGCCAAAAUUGUCUGACCCUUUGCGUCAACCAGCUGCUCAUGAAGAAGAGGUUGAUGGCGUUGGUGCAGUCGAGAAUCCCUCUACAAUUCUCAAGGAAGGGAAGAAAUAGGAGCUGAUGCCUAAAGCUAAUAAAACUGAAUCCGCUGAAAUGGAAGAUGAUAUUGGAUAUGUGACGCUCACCGGUUCAAAUCCUUAUUUCGAUAUCAUUCUCAGAAAAGUACAUCUUGGUCCGGCUUUUCAAGUGUAUAUACCGACCAGAAUUACCGACGAUUUAGCUUCUUUGAAGGCGCCCGUGGUUCUUUUGUCUCAUGGUAACCGUUGGAACACGACUUCGUCGGGAGGAAAUGGCAAGAGGUUUGGAUGGAGGAAGUUUGUGAUCGAUAAUGAUUUGAAGGUUGGUGAUUGUUGUUUUUUUGAGCUCUUGGAAGCUAGCAACACGGAGAUUGAAUUCAAAGUCAUUAUUCUCAGAGGUUUGCCUUCUCAUCGUGGCGAAAACAACGGUGAUAGUCAUGAAGAAUCAAUCGUCAUUGAAUAGUAUUAUCUCUGUCUUAGAAAAAUAACCUUAUUUGUGGUACUGAAUUAUGUUUUAUGCGUUGCGCAACUUUUUUAUGUAGUUUGAAAUUUGUCGUUUUAAUUAAGUGCGUAUCACUGUUCCAGUAUGUCUUACUCUUUGCAAGGAUUACUUGAAGAAACUAUGUAAUUAAUGUCGUAAUAAAUAGAAAAAAAAAUUUCUUUGACC